AUGCAGUUCGCCGGCCGGCGCAAGUCGUCGCUCGUGGGCGCCGGCGCUGGCGCCGGUGCCGGCCAGUUCGACCCGUUCGGGACGAGCAAGCACAGCGCGUCGCUGCGGAAGGGCGGGCGGCUGCCGGUGUACGUGGCGGGCGUGUUCUUCUUCGUCUUCGUGAUCGUCAUGUACGGCGAGGACAUCCGGUCCGUGACCCUCGACCCCAUCGCGCUGGCCGGGCCGGCGACGACGCUGCCUGCGGCCGUCUUCCCCGGCGGCGGCGUCGCCCCGCGGCGCGACGUGCUGUCCUCCACGGAGAAGAAGGGCGCUGACGAGGCCGUGACGACGACGCUGCCGCGGCGGGACCUGGAGAGGCCAGUGGAGCGUGGCGAGUUGACCACGACCACGACCACGACGACGGAGACGGCAGCGCCGGUGCAGGUGAUCAGGAAGUUGGGCGGCGAGACCAGCAAGAAGCCGAAGAAAGAGAAGAAGAAGAAGGCGAAGCGGCAGCGUGCGGCGAAGAAGACGGUGGCGCCGGCCUUGGCGGGGGUGACGAUCAACACGCCGGAGACGUGCGACCUUUCCAAGGGCGAGUGGGUGUUCGACAACGCGAGCUACCCGCUGUACCGGGAGGAGGAGUGCUCGUUCCUGACGUCGCAGGUGACGUGCAUGAGGAACGGGCGCCGCGACGACAACUACCAGAAGUGGCGGUGGCAGCCCAGCGGCUGCGACAUGCCCAGGUUUGACUCGAAGCUGUUCAUGGAGCGUCUGCGGAACAAGCGCCUGAUGUUCGUCGGCGACUCGCUGAACCGGAACCAGUGGGAGUCGAUGGUGUGCCUGGUGCAGUCGGCGGUGUCGCCGGACAAGAAGUACGUCACAUGGGAGGACCAGCGGGUCGUCUUCCAUGCCUGGGAGUUCAACGCUACGGUUGAGUUCUACUGGUCGCCGUUCCUGGUGGAGUCCAACUCCGACAACCCCAAGAUCCACAGCAUCCAGCACCGGAUCAUCGACGCCGACUCCAUCGCGGCGCACGCCGAGAACUGGCGCCGCGCCGACUACCUCGUCUUCAACACCUACAUCUGGUGGAUGAACACGCUCAACAUGAAGCUCAGGCGACCGGCGGCGGGGCAGAACUGGGAGGAGCACGACGAGGUGGUGAGGAUCGACGCGUACCGGAAGGUGCUGACGACGUGGGCGGGGUGGGUGAACGACAACAUCGACCCGGCGCGCACCUCCGUCUUCUUCAUGAGCAUCUCACCGCUCCACCUCAGCCCGCAAGUCUGGGGCAACCCCGACGGGAUCCGGUGCGCCAAGGAGACGAUGCCGCUGCUGAACUGGAACGGGCCGAUCUGGCUGGGCACGGACUGGGACAUGUUCAAGGUGGCGUCCAACGUCUCCCGGGAGGCGUCGCCGCGGGUGCCCAUCACGUUCGUGGACAUCACCACCAUGUCGGAGCGGCGCAAGGACGGGCACACCUCCGUGCACACCAUCCGGCAGGGGGCGCUCCUCACGCCGGAGCAGCAGGCCGACCCGGGCACCUACGCCGACUGCAUCCACUGGUGCCUCCCCGGCGUGCCCGACAUCUGGAACAGCAUACUCUACACCAGGAUCAUGUCCAGGCCGGAGGCGGCACGGGUGACGGCGAGCUAGAUAGAUAGACAGAUAACAAGGUUUCUUCAGAGUUUCAUGCAUAGUGGGCUUCUUUUUUUCUUUACAUUCUUUCUGGCCUUUUCACCUGUCAAAAUACGCCAGCUUUGUUGUUUUUUCCUUGGGGGUAGGUUAAGUUGAAAGAGGUCAUACAUAAGGUAAUACAUGGCUCAUGGAUUGCCAUGUGCGUGCACAUAUGCGCUGUAAGGUUCCUGCUCAAAUUGUACAUUGAGGGAAGGCUUUAAAAGUCAAAAGAGAUGGACAGAUGGUUUAUAGAGAAA